AUGCACCAGGCUAAAAAAUACGCCAAACUCUUGGUAAACAUCGAGGCCUGUAAUUCAGGCUCGAUGUUUGAGAAAGCGCUGCCCAAAGACAUCAAUGUUUACGUCACCACUUCGGCCAACUCUCAAAAGUCUAGCUAUUUCAAAAACUACGACAAUCUUCGUCAUACUUAUCUAGGUGAUUAUUACUAUGGUGCCUGGUUGGUGGUGAUUGAAAAACAGGAUUUGACUAAGGUAACUCUUGAACAGUCUUACAAAUAUACCGUCAGCUCCCAAAAUAAGUCACACCCGCAACAGUACGGCACAUUGGCUAUUAAUAAAUUAACUGUUUUUCAAUUUUUGGGCUCGAUGUUUGAGAAACCACUGCCCAAAGACAUCAAUGUUUACGUCACCACUUUGGCCAACCCUCAGGAGUCUAGCUAUGCCAAGGACUACGACAAUCUCCGUCACACUUAUCUAGACUUAGCAUUGCCCAUGUUAUUCCUAUGUCAUAGACUUAACAUUGUUCAUAAGAUUAGCAUUGUCAUAGACUUAGCAUUACACAUAGACUUAUCAUUAUAUGUGGCUGAAUUGCAGCGACUAUUGACUGGCCGUCAAUAUAUGGACAAACAUAUCGCACAAUACGUGCAGAGCGUUGAACACAUGCUUACUGUUAACACCGAUGCUAUACUCAACGGCAAACACGUGGUAAACAACGCUGAAUGCUAUCACAAGUUUGUGGACACUUUUGACCAACAGUGUUUCAAUAUCAAUCAGAAUACUUAUGGGUUUGGAAAUCUGCAAGUAUUUGUAAAUGUUUGCGAACAACUGCGCGAACCGAGCGAUGCAAACAUUGUUGUCGACCAUUUGGUACAAUACUGUAACAAUAAUGUGUCACACAAUAACAUGCACAUUGAAUAA